CUUCUGUCCAUCAUUAAUAUCACCCCCAUAAUCACUCUUUAGUAACCCACUCCCAAAAUGAAGGGUGCCAUUGUCGCUGCCCUCGUUGGCUCUGCCGCCGCCGCUGUUCACAACGGUCACCAGGGAUUCCACCUCCGUCGCGAGGCUCCCAAGGACGACGGUGUAUGCUAUGUAUACACUACCGUAUAUGUGACCGCCGAUGCCACUCCCGUGCCCACUUACUCUGCGAUUGAGCCUUCGCUUGUUCCUGGAUACACACCUCCCUCUUCGAAGCCAGCUCCUCCAGCUGUUUCCUCGUCGUCGGUGCCCGUCUACGUCCCUGCGCCAGAACCAUCUGUGUCCAAGCACGAGGUUCCAACCUACGCGCCUGUGCCGCCUCCUUCUUCCAAGCCGGAACCUCCACCAUCCAGCUCCAAGCCCCCACCUCCACCUGCAAGCUCGUCGAAGCCCGCCCCUCCCCCCGCGAGCUCUUCUAAGCCUGCUCCUGCACCAAACUCUUCCAAGAGCGAGGAGGCCCCCAAGCCCAAGCCCACCUCUGGUGGCAGCGGAUAUGGCGCCAACAUUGUCCCCAACGGAAACAAGUGGUCCAUCACCUACACUCCCUACGCCAAGGAUGGAAACUGCAUGACUGCCGACAAGAUCCAAUCCGACAUUGCCCGCAUUGCUAAGCUCCAGUACACCACCAUCCGUGUCUACAGCGUCGACUGCGGUGUUUUCGAGAACGUCGUUCCCGCUGCUACCAAGCACGGUCUCAAGAUCAUCUACGGCAUCUUCCUCGAUGCCAACAAGGGCCCUGGUUCCCCUGGUGCCAACGAGCAGCUUGAUGCCAUCAUCAAGAACGCCCCCAAGGACAGCUUCGCCAUGUUGAUUGUCGGUAACGAGUACAUGUCCGGCCACGGUGGCUCCGUCGAUGCUCUCGCUCCCUACGUCAAGCAGUGCAAGGAGAAGCUCGUCGGCGCUGGCUUCCCCUCCACCAUCCCUGUCACCACCACCGAGACCGUUGGCGCUCUCGAGCAGUACGGCAAGAAGCUCUGCGGUGUCAUUGAUGUUCUCGCUGCCCAGGUCCACCCCUUCUUCGACGGUGCCAUCACCGCUUCCGGCGCUGGUGAGUUUGCCGCCAAGCAGCUCGAGCAGGCCGCCAAGGUGUGCCCCGAGGCUGCCGCCCGUGGCAAGUACAUCACCGAGAUCGGAUGGCCCAACGGCGGCAACGCCAACGGUGCCGCCAUUCCCGGCUCCAAGGAGCAGAAGGAAGCCAUCUCCAGCAUCAUCAAGGCCGUCGGAGACCACGCUACCCUCUUCUCCUACCAGGACGACCCCUGGAAGGCCCCUGGCAGCUACGGUGUCGAGCAGAAGUUCGGUUGUGCCGACAUUUUGUAAACACUGAUCACUUCGGCCGGGUUGCUUGAAAGAGUUGGGUCCUACGAACGUGAAGGGGUUUCGAAUCGCAUCGUGACGAGUUUUGGUGGUACCUUUGUCGACCCGCCGUCGCUGUACGAUUAGUAUACCGCCCCUUCCGUUCAUGUCAAAUAUGUGAUUUUGUGUAAUUACGUUUCUCAUGCGUCUAUGCUCCUGUUCAUCUUUCUCUUGUCGUAGCCAUAAGAAAUUUAGUGUAUAAUUCAUCAUACCUCGACUUGCCCUCUGCUCUGCUCUGAUUACGCCCUGAUUGAUGUUACUUGCUAUUGUAGUUUCGUAGGUUGUAAGACGCGAAUGCGGAGUUUGCGGGUGGCUUAUAUGCAAAAUGUGUACAUCCGUCCAAUUAAGUCGGUGGCUUUUU